GGGAGUGCAUAUAAUCAACAUAUUAUCGAAGGUGCCUAGAUAUCGAUCCAGUAUUCCGAGGUAGUUCAAAAUCACCUCUCUUGGACCUGCGGGUUUGACCUUAAUUUUCCUGUGCUUGGUGGAGAAUAACUAACGCGAAAAAUGCCUAAGAGAAAGUCUCCAGAGGGUCCUGAGGGCAAGGAGGCCCCCAAAGUCACAAAACAAGAGCCCACCAGACGGUCAGAGAGAUUGUCAGCGCAGAAGCCCGCUCCACCCAAGCCUGAGGCCAAGCCCAAGAAGGCCGUCGUCAAGAAGGUCGCUGAUGAUAAGGGCGCCAAGCCAAAGAAGGGCACCCCUAAGGGCAAGAGGGAUGACGGCCCCGCCCAUAAUGGAGACACCAAGACCAAUGAGGUAACUGAAGCAGCAGAGGAGGCGACUGAGGAGAAGGCGUGAAGACCCGGGCGCGUCCACCGACUCGUCCCCCUCUGACUCCAUGGCAGCAAAGCAUCUUUUUUUACUGACAAUUUUUGUACCAUGCUGAAAUUUUUUUUAGACUUGUGAUAGUAGAGAUGGACAACCAGCAACCCCAUCCCAUAAUGUUCACACACUACCUACAAAAUGUUUUUUGCUUGAUUCUUUUCCCUCUUCCAUUCUGUAUCACUAGGGACUGAAGUGGUAUGUUUUUAUUAGACAGCUGCAAAUGUUCUUCAACCUGCCUGAAGGGGGCCGUAAAUAUGACUGUUAUGAUCUCUAAACCAGCUCUGCCUAUAUUUGUAGUUAUCCUUUUCUACAAAAGAUGAUCAUUACUAUUGGCUCUCUUAUAAUAAUAAGGAGAUGCUUCAGUUGCCCCCCGCGUCCCCCUGACGGUAAAGCUGAGGAUUUUUCGAUGCGUGUCAGCAGUUUGAUUGCAGAACCGAGCUCAAAGCAGGUUCACAGUCGCCAUGGAGAACAUCUGCAGCUUUUUAAAAAUGUUUGUCUCUAGAAUCACGACCACUGUGUUUCCCAUAGCUCCUUUUGUAUGUGUGUGCUGGAGUGAAUGUGUUGGUGGGUCUCUGUAUUUGACUUUGUUAACUUUGCUCCUGCCCCAACACCCCCCGCCCCCACCCCACCCCUUCUCCCCCCCAAACGCCUUGUCCUGCAGCAGAGUGACAUAGCAAUAAUGAGUGGUGCUUCUGUUCUAGACGGCUCUAUUGGCUUUGGACCCUCUGGGCUUCUCUGAAUUUCAUCCUGUUGGAAGAAUAUUUUGAAAUAAAAGAAAAAGUUGAA